AUGGUUCGCCUGAGCGGCAAAUGUCUCCUCUACCUCCCUCCUGACUAUGCUCCUGGCUCGCUCGUACUGCCAACUUGUUUCCGGGCCACCGCUCAGUACUUGGCCCAAUAUGGCCCUGCCACACGCGGUGUCUUCCGCAUUUCCGGAUCGGCCCGCAUCGUCAACGCAAUCUUCGACUAUUACUGCUACGAAAAGGCGGGAGAGGAGGUCACCGGUACGAUCCGGUGUCCUACCCUUCCACUUUACAUCAACACUGGAGCUCAAGAUGUAGCUUCAGCCUUCAAGAAGUUUCUGUCCGUACUCCCAGGCGGUAUCCUGGGCUCUCUCUCGCUUUUCGACGCGAUGGUAGCCAUUCACAGCCAGCUUAGGAAAGAGCCCGAGCUUAGCCGUACCAAAGAGACCAAACUUCGUGCUCGGCUUAUUGCACUAGCUAUUGGGACUGUCGAGUCCCUUUAUCGUCGAGAACUGAUAUGUGCUGUAUUUGGCCUCCUUUCCCUGAUCGGUCGCGCUGCCGAAACGGCGGCUCGGGAGGAUGAGCAGGGUCGGCCGCUCCCGACCUCAGACCUGAUGGGAUACACAGCUCUAGGGAUUGUGUUUGGGCCGCUUCUCGUCGGUGAUCUUCUGGACUCUUAUACUAUGAGGCUUGCAACGCCAUCUUCGGGGCUGUUGCUCUUUCCUCUCACUCCACCACGGCUCAAGAAAGAACGGCAGCUUAAGAAGGCAACACAAUGCGGCACAGGCCCUUUGUCUGUCGAUAAAAUUCACGUGGCGAACGACAUCGCUGAAAUGAUCAUCACAAACUGGCGAGAGAUCAUCGCCAGGCACUUCUUUCGAUCGAGAGAGAUCGCCAUCGCCUACAACUCCUACACCAGCGCCAAGGAGCGGAGGGACGUCAACGUCGAAAACAACUGGGAAUAUGAAUGA